AAUCAGUAAUUAGUGAUUGUUAGCAUCUAUUUCGGACUAAACUGAGAGAGAGAGAGAGAGAGAGAGUUAUACGCACACACACACACACACACACACAUGAAUGAAACUGUUGCACGCGCGCACCAAGUAACAGGCUACAAAAACAAUCAAAACACAUCGAUAUUAUCUCGACAAUUUAACUAUUCUUUCGUUAGUGCCAGCAUUCACGUCAACGAAGCACGUGGAACGAAAGAAUGCCAAAUAUCCAUAAUGGACAUUAACCAUUAAAUAGUCUUACUACUGAUGAAAAUGUUAUAGAAAUACGUAACUGGAACUUUAAAGAAAAAACCGCAAACAUUGACCGUCGACCAAGUUACUUUUGUUUGUUGGUGACGCAAUGUAUUCAUAAUUUACAAGGGAAACCACACUGAGACACCCGGUAGCUUAUUUUAACCGAUUCAGUUAAAAACAUCCCAAACGUUGUAGAAACACAUUUGUUGUGAAGUCAAGCCCCUGGACUCUCGUCUAUUUCUCUCUUCUCUGUAUAACUGCUUGAUUAUAUUUAUCUCUGAUCUCUGCUAUAUAUAUAUUACCUACUAUUACUGAUCUAUAUCUGUCGUAUAUACUAAUAUAACAGCUACUAAUAAUUAUCUAUUGCUAUCAGACAUGGCCUUACCAUUAACACAGUCACCGACACGGGUGGUUUUAAUUGCUUGUGGAUCUUUUAACCCUGUCACCAACAUGCAUUUGAGGAUGUUCGAACUAGCUCGAGAUUCUCUAAACAAAACAGGAAGAUAUCAAGUUGUGAGUGGAAUUAUGUCUCCUGUCUCAGACUUUUAUUCCAAAAAGGGGUUGGAGAAAGCUUCUCAUCGCUGUGAAAUGGUUCAGUUAGCAUUAGAAUCAAUGGACUGGGUCAGGUUAGACACAUGGGAAAGUGAACAAGACAAAUGGACAGAGACUCUCCAUGUCUUGGAGCAUCAUAGUUCCAAACUACGUACAGUUGACAGCAAUGCUAAUAUAUCUUUAAAAAAUGUUUCGAAAGAUGAAGUUGAUGGCACACGAAUGACUCUGCAGAACUUGUGUUUUACACAGCCAACUCUCCAAAUCAAGCUGCUCUGUGGUGCUGAUCUUUUAGAAUCCUUUGCAAAACCAGGACUUUGGAAAGAUGAAGAUCUGGAGAAAAUACUUUCCAAAUAUGGUCUUGUUUGUAUCACUCGAGAGAACUCAGACCCAAGAAAGUUCAUUUAUGAAAAUGAUAUGUUAAACAAAUACCAGGAAAAUAUAUUUAUUGUCCCAGAAUGGAUACGAAAUGACAUUAGUUCUACAAAGAUUCGCCGAGCCUUGCGGCGUGGUGAAAGCGUGAAAUUCCUCUUGCAAGAACCAGUUAUAGAUUAUAUUCACCAGCACCAACUCUAUAACGUAAACACUUUCAAGUCUAACAAGAAUCUUAAUGAGAUUGUAAAGUUCAUGUACUCCCACACAUUCAAGAAUGUAGUAGAAGUGAAAGGAAUGUCUUUGCAAUCAUCAACCUUCAGUUCCACAGAAUCUUCAUCUCAUUCACCAAAAAGGCAAAGGGAAUUUGAUGAAACUGAUUACAUUCAAAAUUCACCGAAGCGCAGGACGUGUAUGGGAGAUAUUGGUGGCUUGAUGCGUAAAGUGAAAAGUGCUAGAAUGGCUUUUACACCGGAAACAUGUGUUUAAAGAAGAAUUUUAAAAACAUGCAAAAGGAAAAACAAAUACUUGAGCAAGAACCCCCCCUUAAAAAUAACUUCUGACUGUUCCUCUUAGCCUUUUCUGUGUGGCUUAUUGUUGAUGUAAUUACCUAUGCAAACACAAGGAUUAUUGUUAUUAUAUAAAUAUAUAUAUAUUUUCUUUUACUUGUUUCAGUCAUUUGACUGCAGCCAUGCUGGAGCACCGCCUUUAGUCGAGCAAAUCGACCCUAGGACUUAUUCUUUGUAAGCCUAAAAACUUAUUCUAUCAGUCUCUUUUGCCGAACCGCUAAGUUACGGGGACGUAAACACACCAGCAUCAGUUGUCAAGUGAUGUUGGGGGGACAAGCACAGACAUGCAUACACACACACACACACACACAUAUAUACGAUGGGCUUCUUUCAGUUUCCGCCUACCAAAUCCACUCACAAGGCUUUGGUCGGCUCAAGGCUAUAGUAGAAGACACUUGCCAAAGGUACCAUGCAGUGAAACUGAACCGGGAACCAUGUGGUUGGUAAGCAAACUACUUACCACACAGCUACUCUUGCCCUUAUAUUUCAAGCUACUUACCACGCAUUUCAAGCUGCUUACCUGCGCUUAUACAGCAAGCUACUUACCACACAGCCACUCCUAUAUUGGGUACAUUUUUAUAUUCAUAUCAAUUCUUUUACACAUACAUAUGUAUACACACACAACUAUGCUUGUAUAAAUGAAUGAUGAAUAACAAGUUGUUUUCUAUAUUUAUUUAUGUAUAAAUAUAUAUUAGAACAUGUGGAGAGGAUACUGUAUGAAACCUGAGCUGUCCAAGCUUUGGUAGGAUAAGGAAAGGGAUGUAAAAAUGCUGAUGAAUGAAAUAUAAUUGUGUAAUAUCAACAAAGUAUAAACCUGCAAGACACAACACCAUUGUAUCUCCCACUUUUGUUAAUGAUUUCAUUGUUUGUUAUUAUUUUAAGAAAAACAAUAAAAACAAAAUCAGCAACAACAAUAUCA